AGAAAGUACUUGGAUUACUUGGGCAAUCAUAAUAUUCACUAUAUAAGCGGCGGUUCCCAUCCCACAAAGCUUUUGUCUGGGAACUGAGCUUAGAAGUACGCGACUUGCCUGAGAGCCGCUUUAUUAGCCAGGAAAACCCAAAAGUGUCAACGCAUCGAACAAGUUCAAAAGCAGUGUUCAAGUACAUCAAUCGUAAGUUGAGCCGAUCUGAGCUCGGCUUCCAUAUCGGAACAGUAGCUUGUUGGAGAAUUGCACAGAGCAGAACUGAUUCAGCUGGCAUCGGAAGCGGCACGCGAUAAAAUCCCAGUGCAUUUGCAAAAAUAAACUUAAAAAACUUAAAAUGAAGGCCAUAUUUUGGGCUUUCGCGGCUUUAUUCGGGUUUAGCUGGCAGCAGGUAUUCGGCAAAACAUUAACCAACGAUUAUGUAGACCUCUUUGACUUCGACGACAAUUCUGAGUUCCAAUGGGGCGAAUCCGAAAACCAGCUUUAUAGCAAGGAAAAUCGGACUGGCGAAAACAAAGUGGUGAAUUUUCUGUCACGACAUCGUCUUAAUAAACGGCAAGCUCCUAAUUCGCAGUUGCUGGAGAACAAGGAUUACGGCCCUUGCAGCACGCCCUUGGGUGAAUCCGGUCGUUGUCGCCACAUUAUCUACUGCCGAAUGCCAGAACUUAAAAACGAUGUUUGGCGCCUGGUAUCUCAACUUUGUAUCAUUGAAAAGAGCUCCAUAGGAAUUUGCUGCACUGACCAGUCGACCAGCAACCGCUUUAGUCCGCAGAUCGUGACCAAUCCGGACACGGAUGAACCACGCAUCGUCAACAAGCCGGAGCAGCGUGGCUGUGGGAUUACCACCAGGCAGUUCCCGCGGCUCACGGGAGGGCGACCAGCCGAGCCCGACGAGUGGCCCUGGAUGGCGGCCCUGCUGCAGGAGGGUCUGCCCUUCGUGUGGUGCGGUGGUGUCCUGAUCACCGAUCGCCACGUCCUUACGGCUGCCCACUGCAUCCACAAGAAGAACAAGGAGGAUAUCUUUGUGCGUCUGGGCGAGUACAACACUCAUAUGCUAAACGAGACGAGAGCGAGAGAUUUCCGUAUUGCCAACAUGGUCCACCACAUCGAUUACAAUCCACAGAACUACGACAAUGAUAUUGCCAUUAUCAGAAUCAACAGGGCCACUAUAUUCAACACCUAUAUCUGGCCAGUUUGCAUGCCCCCCGUGAACGAGGAUUGGUCAGAUAGGAAUGCCAUUGUCACGGGUUGGGGCACCCAGAAAUUUGGCGGACCUCAUUCCAACAUUCUAAUGGAGGUUAACUUGCCGGUGUGGAAGCAGUCUGACUGCCGAGCUUCGUUUGUUCAGCAUGUUCCGGACACCGCCAUGUGCGCAGGAUUGCCGGAAGGAGGACAGGACUCUUGUCAAGGCGAUAGCGGGGGUCCACUGCUCGUGCAGCUGCCCAACCAGCGCUGGGUCACCAUCGGCAUUGUAUCCUGGGGCGUCGGCUGCGGACAGCGUGGUCGGCCGGGUAUUUACACACGUGUGGAUCGCUACCUGGACUGGAUUCUGGCCAAUGCCGAUGUCUAAAACAUACGAAGGACUGCCUUCAGUUCGUCAGUACAUUCAAUUUACUUGGCAUAAGCUUUAACAAAUGCUAUGGUCUAAAUACACUAAUUAACCUGAUAACGUUCGAUAUUAAUAAAAACUAUGAACACCCG